UCAUCUUCAAAACCUCCUGAAGGUUUGGAGAGUGAAACAACAUAAAAAUUCAGGAAACUCUAACAAAUUCACACAUUUGGGUAGCUGUAAUACUCGUGUGGCCCUAGGAUAUGACUUUACAUAUAUGAUCCUUUUAGUUAUGAAAGUAUUUCCUAUUUUCACCUUAACCUUGAUCUCACUAUCUCUAUGUUUUUUUUUUGUUUGUUUUUGUUUUUUUUUUUCAGAGACAGGAUCACUCUUCUGCCCUCUGGAAGAAUAACAACUUUGGAUUCUUCACGUCUCUAUAGAAACCAUGCUGGUGCAAGUGAGACCUAUUUUCUCAUGCACUACACCAAGCUCUCAUGACAAUUGGGAAGGUACCCUGUGGAGGUGAUGAAUUAAUAAAGCCUUCUUCUCAAAGACAACGUGAAGAGCUAAGAUCCUUCCUUGAUGGUUCUCAGGCAAGCAGCAAGGCUUCCAAAGCCGUCAGUAAAUUCAGCCACCCUGUAGGAGUGUUUGCCUUUGCUGCAUGAAGAUUAUCGAGGUCCUACAACAGUCAUCUCUGGGAACCCAGAUUUCCUAAUUGCCUUUUGAAAUGGGGGAAAACCAAACAAUGGUUACACAGUUCAUCCUCCUGGGAUUCCUUGUGGACAGAAGGAUUCAGAUGCUUCUCUUCGGGCUCUUCUCCCUGUUCUACGUCCUCACCCUGCUGGGGAACGGGGUCAUCCUGAGACUUGUCUGCCUGGACUCCAGACUGCACAGCCCCAUGUACUUCUUCCUCUCACACCUGGCCAUCGUGGACAUCGCCUAUGCCUGCAACACGGUGCCCCAGAUGCUGGUGAACCUCCUGGACCCAGCCAAGCCCAUCUCCUUCGCUGGCUGCUUGACACAGACCUUUCUCUUUUUGAGCUUUGGACAUACAGAAUGUCUUCUCCUGGUGGUGAUGUCCUAUGACCGGUAUGUGGCCAUCUGCCAUCCCCUCCGAUAUUCCGUCAUCAUGAGCUGGAGAGUGUGCAUUGUCCUGGCCAUCACUUCUUGGGCAUGUGGGUCCCUCCUGGCCCUGGUCCAUGUGGUUCUCAUCCUGAGGCUGCCCUUCUGUGGGCCUCAUGAAAUCAACCACUUCUUCUGUGAACUCCUGUCUGUCCUCAAGCUGGCCUGUGCUGACACCCGGCUCAACCUAGUUGUUAUCUUUGCUGCUUCUGUGUUCAUCCUGGUGGGACCUCCCUGCUUGGUGCUGGUCUCCUACUCGCGCAUCCUACUGGCCAUCCUGAGCAUGCAGUCUGGGGAGGGCCGCAGAAAGGCCUUCUCCACCUGCUCCUCCCACCUCUGCGUGGUCGGGCUCUUCUUUGGCAGCGCCAUCGUCAUGUACAUGGCCCCCAAGUCCCGCCAUCCUGAGGAGCAGCAGAAGAUCCUUUUCCUGUUUUAUAGCUUUUGCAACCCCAUCCUGAACCCCCUGAUCUACAGCCUGAGGAACGCAGAAGUCCAGGGUUCACUGAGGAGAGCACUGUGCAAAGAAAGUCAUUCCCAACUGGGGCGGGGUGUGAAUCUCCAGUCUCAGUAGUCUCCUGGAAUCUUGAGUACUGAUGAUCACCUAAGUUCACCACUCUCUUUGUAUUUGCAAAGUAUUCCCUCAGGAAGUAUUUAGAUUUUGCUACAUUCAUUAUGCUUACUAUACUUAACAACUUUUUUCAUUUAACUGCUUAUUGAAUUGAGAAUAUCUAAGGGAAAAGUUUAUUUUGUACAGUGCUAUGGUUCCUAAACGUUUAAAGUUUAGGAACCAUACACAUUAACU